AUGGCGACAGAAAACGGAGCAGUGGAGCUGGGAAUCCAGAGCCCAUCAACAGAAGAGGCACCCACAGGUGCUGCAGGUGAAGGACCUCCGGCUGCAGAGAAGGACCCUGGCCCCCCAGACCCCAAGAAAGAUCCUGACCCAUGCCCCCCAAAGGGAGAUACCAAAGCCCCCACCCCAGAGAAAGGGGACGGCGCCCCCGCGCAACCCUCAGCCGGCAGCCAGGGCCCCGGGGGAGAGGGGGAUGGGGGCGGGGGGCCCGCGGAGGGCAGUGCUGGGCAGCCGGCAGCCUUGCCCCAGCAGACGGCCACGGCCGAGGCCAGUGUCAAGAAGUCCAGUGAAGAGCAGGGACCCUCGGGCAGCCAGGGCCCCGAAGAGCCCAAGAUGGGCAGGAAGGCAGCCGAGGGCCAGGCCGCCGCCAGGAGGGGCUCCCCGGCCUUUCUGCACAGCCCCAGCUGCCCCGCGGCCAUCUCCAGCUCUGAGAAGCCACUCGUGGAGAAGCCCCCUAGCGAGGUAUCAGAGCUCAUCUUUGAAGGGGUGCCGGUGACCCCUGACCCCACAGAUCCUGGGCCAGCCAAGGCAGAAGGAGGGAAGAACAUCCAGGCAGGGAGCCAGAAGGAAGCCGAAGACAAAGCCCCAGGCCAGGCUGGCCAGGCUAAGGUGCAAGGGGACACCUCGAGGGGGAUCGAGUUCCAGGCUGUUCCCUCAGAGAGAUCGGAGGUGGGGCAGGCCCUCUGUCUGACAGCCAGGGAAGAGGACUGCUUCCAGAUUUUGGAUGAUUGCCCACCACCCCCCGCCCCCUUCCCACACCGCAUUGUGGAGCUGAGGACCGGAAAUGUCAGCAGUGAAUUCAGCAUGAACUCCAAGGAGGCGCUGGGAGGAGGCAAGUUUGGCGCCGUGUGUACCUGCACAGAGAAAGCCACAGGCCUCAAGCUGGCAGCCAAAGUCAUCAAGAAACAGACCCCCAAAGACAAGGAAAUGGUGAUGCUGGAGAUCGAGGUCAUGAACCAGCUCAACCACCGCAAUCUGAUCCAGCUCUAUGCGGCCAUCGAGACCUCGAACGAGAUCGUCCUGUUCAUGGAGUACAUCGAGGGUGGCGAGCUCUUCGAGAGGAUCGUGGAUGAAGACUACCACCUGACCGAGGUGGAUACCAUGGUGUUCGUCAGGCAGAUCUGUGACGGGAUCCUCUUCAUGCACAAGAUGAGGGUCCUGCACCUGGACCUCAAGCCAGAGAACAUCCUGUGUGUCAACACCACGGGCCACCUGGUGAAGAUCAUCGACUUUGGCCUGGCACGGAGGUACAACCCCAACGAGAAGCUGAAGGUGAAUUUUGGGACCCCGGAGUUCCUGUCACCUGAGGUGGUGAAUUAUGACCAGAUCUCCGACAGGACAGACAUGUGGAGCCUGGGGGUCAUCACCUACAUGCUGCUGAGCGGCCUCUCCCCAUUCCUGGGAGAUGAUGACACAGAGACCCUAAAUAACGUCCUGUCUGCCAACUGGUACUUUGACGAGGAGACCUUCGAGGCCGUAUCGGAUGAGGCCAAAGACUUUGUCUCCAAGCUCAUCGUCAAGGAUCAGGGGGCCCGCAUGAGCGCUGCCCGGUGCCUCGCCCACCCCUGGCUCAACAACCUGGCCGAGAAAGCCAAGCGCUGGAACCGCCGCCUCAAGUCCCAGAUCCUGCUUAAGAAAUACCUCAUGAAGAGGCGCUGGAAGAAAAAUUUCAUCGCUGUCAGCGCUGCCAACCGCUUCAAGAAGAUCAGCAGCUCAGGGUCCCUGAUGGCUCUAGGGGUCUGAGCCCCCGGAGCAGCUGAGGCCCGGACGCAGCCGCACAGUGGCCAGGGCUGAGGCCACACAGUCCAGAAGGCCCGAGAAGGCAGGCCAGACCCCUGGGCGGGCUGGUCAGGACAAGGCUGCGCCGGGCAGGGAGGCUCGGGGCUCCCCACGCCCCUGCGCGCAGUCACGCUUCCCCGACCUGAGCCGCUCGGAGUGUGGCCAGAUCCAUCCAGCUAACGCCCCCCAGACCGGCUCUGGCCGACCGCCGCACCCCAGACCCCACCAAGGGCCACUGCGGCCGCUCCCCUUCCCCACUGGCUCCCUUUGAACUGCUGCCCUGGUGGCCCCUGCUCUGCCCACUGGGGGCAUCCCCGGCCUGGGCUUGCUCCUAGCUGGGGUGGGACGGCUGGGGGGCUCCUGCAGUCAUGGACGGAGGCCCCUGGAGCAGGCAGGAAGGCAGCCCCCAGUUCCUCAGGCCCAGCUGCCCCGGAAGAAGCAGGCUUUGGAAGGAGGACCUCAUGCCCCCCCGCCCACUCCCAGCAGAUAAGGCCUUGCACAUACCAUCUGGCCACCCCGCCGCCUUCUUGGUGACCACCAACACACAGGAACUGUGUGAGAGGGGGAUGCCCCUCCCAGGCCUGGCAGGGGGCCGGGUGAGGCUGGGGGACACAGGAGACCACCCCUGAGCUUGCCUGAGGGUCAAGCCCGCCCCAACCAGCCACUCUGGACCCAUCCCAGGGGGCACCCACGGCCUCAGAUGCAGGGGGUCAGCAGGUCCCGGAGGAGUGCGAAGGCCAUUGGGCAGCCCCCAACCUGCUCUCAGCUUGUGCCUUGUAAAUAAAUGUACAGGUUGGACGCGGA